CUAGAACGAGUCUCUCUGUCCAGGGCUAUUUAUUUAUCCACAAAAGCCAUUUAAAAGCAAGUAAUUUGCUGUCUUCUGUUUAGUGCCCGAGAGAGAGACUGAGAGACUCGGUGUUUGAUAAAAAAGAAAGAGAAGGGGAAAAAAGAAUGUCAGGGCCUCAGUGCUGCUCAAAUCCUCCAGUCCUCGAUCGAAGUGGUGGAGCAGGGCAUGUUGAGAAACUUGCUGGCCUCGACACCUAUGUCACUGGCUCACCUGACUCUAAGCUUGCCAUUCUUCUUAUUUCUGAUGUUUUUGGAUAUGAUGCUCCAAACUUGAGGAAGCUGGCAGACAAGUCUGCAGCUGCUGGAUUCUUCGUGGUGGUUCCCGACUUCUUACAUGGAGAUCCCUAUGUGCCUGAAAAUGCUGAGAGGCCUAUUUCAGCUUGGAUAAAAGAUCAUGGAACAGAUAAGGCAGCCGUCGAAGCAAAAUCAGUAGUUGAGGCAUUGAGAAGUAAAGGAGUUUCUUCAGUUGGGGCUGCAGGCUUUUGUUGGGGCGCAAAGGUUGUUGUUGAGCUUGCGAAAAUUGGCAUUAUCCAAGCUGCUGUGCUGCUGCAUCCUUCAUUUGUCACCGUGGAAGAUAUCAAUGAGGUUAAGGUUCCGAUAUCGGUUCUUGGAGCUGAGAAUGACCAUAUUUCUCCACCAGAACUCGUGAAAAAAUUUGAAGAAGUCUUACUUGGAAAAUCUGGGGUGGAGUCCUUUGUGAAGGUAUUUCCAAAGGUCGCGCAUGGAUGGACCGUGAGAUAUAAGGUUGAAGAUCAAGAAGCUGUGACGAAAGCAGAGGAGGCUCAUGGGGACCUGUUGGCAUGGUUUUCUAAGCAUGUUAAGUGAGGGUGUUCAACAUGGUACUCCAUUAAUGUUGCCUAAGAUGAGAACACACUAUUGAGUCUUGUCAAAACUCGUUUAUAUAUGGAAAUGGUUUGAAUAAUAAAUACUUGGGACUUUUGUCUACCAAUAAUAAUAUUUAUCUACUGUAUUAUUGUGUAGAA